GGCCUCGGGAGCAUUUUGGUGGACGAUCAGAAUAAUGUUCAACAUCAACCCCCUGGAGAACCUGAAGCUGUACAUCAGCAGUCGGCCUCCCCUGGUGGUCUUUAUGAUCAGUGUAAGCGCCAUGGCAAUAGCUUUCCUGACCUUGGGCUAUUUCUUCAAAAUCAAGGAGAUUAAGUCACCGGGAAUGGCAGAGGAUUGGAAUACUUUUCUGUUGCGGUUUAAUGAUUUGGACUUGUGUGUAUCAGAGAAUGAAACAUUAAAGCAUCUCACAAAUGACACCACGACUCCGGAAAGCACAAUGACCAGUGGGCAGGCCAGAGUGUCCACCCAGUCCCCACAGGCACUGGAGGAUUCAGGCCCGGUUAACAUCUCAGUUGCAAUCACCCUCACCCUGGACCCGCUCAAACCCUUUGGAGGGUACUCUCGCAAUGUCACCCAUCUGUACUCGACCAUCUUAGGGCAUCAGAUUGGACUUUCAGGCAGGGAAGCCCACGAAGAGAUAAACAUUACCUUUACCCUGCCAGCAGCUUGGAGCUCGGAUGACUGUGCCCUUCACAGUCACUGUGAGCAGGUGGUGUUCACAGCCUGCAUGACGCUCACAGCCAACCCUGGUGUGUUCCCCGUCACAGUACAGCCACCGCACUGUGUUCCGGACACAUACAGCAAUGCCACGCUCUGGUACAAGAUCUUCAUGACUGCUAGAGAUGCCAACACAAAAUAUGCUCAAGAUUACAAUCCUUUCUGGUGUUAUAAGGGGGCCAUUGGAAAAGUCUAUCACACUUUAAAUCCCAAGCUAACAGUUAUUGUUCCAGAUGAUGACCGUUCAUUAAUAAAUUUGCAUCUCAUGCACACCAGUUACUUCCUCUUCGUCAUGGUGAUAACAAUGUUUUGCUAUGCGGUUAUCAAGGGCAGACCUAGCAAGUUGCGUCAGAGCAGUCCUGAAUUUUGUCCGGAGAAGGUUGCUUUGGCUGAUGCCUAAUUCCACAACUGCCUGUUUUCUGAGAGACUGAGCAAACCGUAAGCAUUGCCUGCUGACGCCAGCCUGGGCCUGGACACUCUGUGAAUACCAUUCUUUUGCAAUGUUGGGUUAUUCCAGCCAAAGACAUUUCAAGUGCCUGUAACUGAUUUGUAUAUAUUUAUAAAAACCUAUUCAGAAAUUGGUCCAAUGAUGCACGUGCUUCACACUGGGUGCAGUCCGAACCCUACAGCCUCCCCUGUGGACUUGGUAGGAUGAUCCAAGUAGCGCCAGCAGCGGUCUCCCUGCCUCAGAGCAGGCCAUGCUGUCUUUACCAGGAUCUCAGGGGCAGUUCAUUGCUGGAGGGGUUGAAGUUUGCUUUGAUUUGAAACAGUCUGCACCUUUGACAUGAUAUUGCAUUUCCCAAGCCACCAAUCCAUUUUGUGGAUUUUACGUGUCUGUGGCUUAAUACUCAUAGUACCAACAAUAAUACCCUUUUCUCUGUUUUGCUUGCAAGGAAACACACAUCUUUCUAAAUUUUCUUUU